UGGUGGUGGCUAGGCAGGGGGUCAAGGUGGUGGCUAGGGUUUUAGAAGUGUUCGAAAUUCGGUAGGUAGAAAAGAGAUCGGAAUUCGGUGGGAAGGGGUCAGAAGGGAAGGGGAUCGAAGUUUGAGGUCAGAAAGGAAGGAGAAAGAGUAGGCGAGGUCGGUGGUCGUAAAAAGGAAAGGGGAAAGGAGGAGGAGAGGCUGACGGAAGUAGAAGGCAAGAGGGGCUGCCAGCAAGGAGGGGGAAGGGGGUUGCCAGAAACGGACCGGCUGUGGGCACUUGAGAGCUGGUCCGGCGAUGGGGCUGCAAAAGGUGUACUGGCGGCUGUGGCUAGCUUGGAUGCAAUGAUUUUGAUUUUAUUUAUUUUCUAUCUUUUAUUUUUUUUUUUACACCUAAUAAUAUGGUGACACGUGUACAUGAUAGACCCCAUUAACGGAUUUAUAGACGAAAUUAAUUGGGUGUAAUUGGUAGUAAAAAGACAAUUUAAUUUUUUAUGUGAUGCUAAAAUAAAACUUUUUUUUAUGAAAGUGGUAAAAAACUUUUUUUUUCACCAUUUCUAAAACUCAAUUGUAUAUGAGUAUUUUCUUAUGAAUUUUAUGAAAAUAACCCCAUUUUAUAGACAAGAGGCCCCAUGCAUGCAAAUUGUACUAUACAACUUACCAUUAGCUUAGCUUCCUUAGACCCCACCAUUUAACCUCUUCUCCUUCCACCACCACGCCAACUCCACAUACAUACAUAGUCUCCUCUACUCCCUCUUUCUUUCACAUUUGCUUCCUUUAAUCCCUUCUCUUCCAACCCCCCUCUUUUUUCCUCUCUAUUUCAACAACUUCAAACUUCACCUUCCUCUUCCCAAAUAAUAAUAACCCUUUAAACCCCAACAAUUAAAAAAACCAACAAAUUAUUCAUUAUAAAUCCAUUCCCUUUAUAAUAAUGGAAAACGCAGUAGCAACACCAACAACACCCACAACUACAACUACAACAAGCUCCCUAGAUCAAACUCAUGAUUUCAUGAACGUAGACUCCUUCUCUCAACUCCCCUUCAUUCGGCCCGCUCCCACCACCAGCACCACCAAGUUUUCCUCCUCCUCCAUCGCCUCUGGCAUCCGCCUCUUCGGCAUAGACUUCUCCUCCUCCUCCACCACCGCCACCGACAACUCCGACUCCGGAGACAGCAACAAUCUCGAAACCUCUAAAGAUAAAAACAAUAACAUAAACUCUCUCAAUACUUCUACUAGUAACAAGGAAGCCAACAACAUCAACAACAACAACAUCAACAACAACAACAAUAAUACUAGUAGUGAAAGUGGUAGAAAAUUUGAAUGCCACUAUUGUUGUAGAAACUUCCCUACUUCCCAAGCCUUAGGAGGCCACCAAAAUGCUCACAAGCGCGAACGGCAACACGCUAAGCGGGCCCACCUUCAGUCCGCCAUGAUGACGGUGGACCCUACGCACCACCACCACCACUUCUACAGCUUAGCUAACAGCUACUCAAAUCGCGCUAACAACUCUUACUACCCUACAUCACUCUCAAACACAAACACCCCCACCAAUAACCCUAGAUACGCCUACCACCACCACCAACCACCACAUCAUCCGCCUACGAUAAACGGAAGUCCACUCGCCGUGUGGCGAAUCCCUUCCGCAGUCCAUUCGCAUUCAUCCCUCCAUCAAACCAGCCAUCACCUUCAUCACAGCAGUUACGCCUCGAGCGGAGUUCAUCGUGACCGUCCAUUGCACCACCCUUUGAUCGGUGGAUCUCAUCAUUCUCCGGGGUUUAGUAGUAGCAUUGACAGUAAUUCAGCUACUUCUUUAAAAGGUGGUACCAAUAAUGUUAAUAUGAAUAUGAAUAUGAACAUGAGUUUGAUGAAUUCUUCUAGUCAUCAAAAUCAAGUACGGCGCAAUAGUAGUGAUCAAGUGAGUUUAGAUCUUCAUUUGUAAUAUUAGUAAAUUUUUAGUUUAUUUAUUUUAUAUACUUACUUAUUUAUGUCAUUUAAUUUGUUAAUUUAAUUUAGCUAUUGCCUAAGCUUAGCUCAAUCAACUGAUAAUUUGAACACGAAUUAAGGUUUAAUGGAAAGUGAGUGUGUGUUAUUUUGCGCUGCUAAUGAUGAGAUUAAUUAAUUAAUUAAUCCUUCUUCAAAGCUUGACUUCUUUUAGUUUUUUUCAAGUUAAUUGUUAAUGUAAAUGAGAUUAAAAUUUCUAAUUUUUUUUCUUCUAAUUAGGUUAAUAAAGGUAAUAUGUAAGUUUUAUGCUCAAUAUUUUGAGUUGUUUAUGAGUAUUUUCAAUUAAGCUACUUCAACUCGUCUUGUUGGAGAAUUUCAGAUA